AUGUUUAUCGAGAGCUUUAAGGUCGAGAGCCCGAAUGUCAAGUACACCGAUGGUGAAAUUCGAUCUGUAUACAGCUACGAGACGACAGAGCUUGUUCACGAGAACAGAAAUGGCGCUUACCAGUGGAUUGUGAAGCCCAAGACUGUGAAAUACGAGUUCAAAACCGAUUCCAGUGUCCCCAAAUUAGGGGUUAUGCUUGUUGGCUGGGGAGGUAACAAUGGCACGACGCUUACAGGUGGCGUCAUUGCAAAUCGGGAGGAAUUUAAGGAGAAAAACAAGGUUGAUAAGGUGGUUGUGUUGUGGACGGCAAACACAGAGAGGUAUAGCAAUGUUGUGGUUGGGCUAAAUGAUACAGUCGAGAGCUUGAUGGCCUCAGUUGAUAGAAAUGAGGCUGAGAUAUCCCCUUCAACUUUGUAUGCCAUAGCCUGUGUGCUUGAAAAUGUUCCCUUUAUCAAUGGCAGCCCACAAAAUACUUUUGUUCCAGGGUUGGUUGAUUUGGCCAUUCAGAGGAACAGUUUGAUUGGAGGUGAUGAUUUCAAGAGUGGCCAGACCAAGAUGAAAUCUGUGCUAGUCGAUUUUCUUGUUGGAGCUGGUAUCAAGCCAACCUCGAUUGUGAGCUACAAUCAUUUGGGAAACAAUGACGGAAUGAAUUUAUCGGCCCCACAAACUUUCCGGUCUAAAGAAAUCUCAAAAAGCAACGUUGUGGAUGAUAUGGUUGCUAGCAACGGCAUUCUUUAUGAGCCUGGAGAACACCCAGAUCAUGUCGUUGUUAUCAAGUAUGUGCCGUAUGUUGGGGACAGCAAGAGAGCCAUGGACGAGUACACGUCGGAGAUUUUCAUGGGAGGCAAAAGCACCAUUGUUUUGCACAACACUUGUGAGGACUCACUUUUAGCAGCUCCCAUUAUCUUGGAUUUGGUCCUGCUUACCGAACUCAGCACACGCAUUAAGCUCAAAGCCGAAGGCGAGAGCAAAUUUCAUUCUUUCCACCCUGUGGCCACCAUCCUCAGCUACCUCACCAAAGCCCCUCUUGUGCCACCUGGAACACCAGUCGUAAAUGCGCUAUCCAAACAGCGUGCAAUGCUUGAGAACAUAUUAAGGGCUUGUGUUGGAUUGGCUCCGGAAAACAACAUGAUUUUGGAAUACAAGUGA